AACGACCGCUGCACUGCACUGCUCUCACUCUUCCUUUCUUCUCGAAUCUCCCCACCCAAAAAUUUCGAAUUUUUUUACCCCAAUGAAUUGAUAAAAAUCCGCGUGGAACGCCCUUCCUUACUCCUCCUUCCUUCCCCCACAUGCCCUGCCAUUGCCAGCCCACCCUGCCGCUGCUUCCUCAUCCUCUUCCUCCUCGUCCCGACCCCCUUCCAUUUCUCUACUGCUAGUACUCCACUAGCUAGCGCCUAGCGCCGAUCUCCGGACAAGGUCCGGUCAGCUCCGGUCAACCCGCCACCAGCCAGUCCUGGCAGCUGCCUCCCAGGCUUCGGCUUCCGGGCUGUACAUCCCGACUCGGCUCACAUCCCAUCCAUGGCGUCCUUGUCGGUGCCGCUGUGGGAUUGAUUAGUUUCAAAUUCGCGCCGCGGCGGCCAAGCGCAGAUGGAGUGGAGGAGGAGGCGCGGCGGCGGCGGCGGAGAAGGUGGUGUCGGCGGCGGCACUGGGGUGGCGGCGUUGUUGCUCCUCCUCGCGCUCGCGACGGUCCCCGGCGCGCGCGGGCUGGACGACGACGGCGCAAACUCAGACGCCGCGCUGCUGCUCUCCUUCAAGCGCGCCGUCACCGCCGACCCGCUCGGCGUCCUCUCCGCCUGGUCCCUCUCCCCCUCCGACUCCGGCUCCGGCCAGUACUCCUCCUCCGCCUGCGCCUGGAACGGCGUCAUGUGCAACGGCUUCCCCGCUUCCCCCAACGCCACCUCCCCACCGCCGCCCGUCAACGCCACUUCCAACUCCAACUCCACCGCCGCCGCCAUCGACGCGGCGUCUCUGGCGGCAGCCACGACGGUGUCCCGGGUCAUAGGCCUAGUCCUCCCCAACGCGCAGCUCUCGGGCACCAUCCCGGCCGACCUCGCCCGCAUCCCCCACCUCCGCCACCUCGACCUCUCCAACAACGCCUUCAACGGGACCCUCCCGUCAGCCCUCCUCCUCAACGCCUCCGAGCUCCGGGUCCUCUCGCUCGCCGGCAACGACCUCUCCGGCUCCCUCCCUGUCCCUUCGUCCUCCUACCCCAACACCAGCCUCCUCCAGGAGCUCAACGUCUCCGACAACGCGCUCUCCGGCACCCUUCCCGCAGAACUCCUCCGCCUCCCAUCCCUCGCCGCGCUGGCCCUCGCCAACAACUACCUCGCCGGCGGGCUCCCGGGCGGCGGGCUCGGGGACGCGCUAGAAGUCCUCGAUCUGAGCGACAACUACUUCGAGGGCUCCCUACCGUCGGAUUUCGGCGGGGUCAAGCUGAGGACGAUGAACGUCUCCUCCAACAGGCUUACCGGAGAUCUCCCGGUGAUGCUCGCGGCUGUAUUGCCCGCGAACGCGACGGUGGAUCUGUCGGGGAACAACUUCACGGGCGCGGUCCCGGCGGCGGGGGUGUUCGGCGCGCAGCCGGCGGCGGCGUACGAGGGGAAUCCCAGGCUCUGUGGCCCGCCGCUGGACCGCUCCUGCUCCAUCCCCUCCUCGCUGUCCAAGCCGCCUAAUGGGACCGACUCGCCGCCGGCGUUCGCGGCCAUUCCCAAGAGUUCGGGGCGAGGUGUGCCGCCGGGGGAUGCCGCUGAGGGGCAGGGCCCGGGUGGUGGUGGGCAGGGGAAGCUGCGGCCCGCGGCGAUUGUCGCCAUUGUUGCCGGUGACCUUGCCGGCGUCGGGAUUCUCUUCGCGCUCUUCUUGUAUGUUUACCAUGUCAGGAAGAGGCGGCGGGAGCGUGGCAUGGCGCCGCCGCCGCAGCAGCAAAAGAGCGCCCGAGGAGGAGACGGCUCAGUGAAGACGGUGGAUAUGGACGUCGCCGGAGUUAGAGAAGACAGGGCGUCCACGUCCACGGGGUGCUGCAUUGGCCGCAGGAAGAGCGACGGCUCGGAAAGCUCCUACUGCACGGCGUCGUCUUCGGACGCGGGCUCCGAUGGCGACGAGGACAUCAAGAGGAGACACCCCGGCAGCUUCAUCGGCUGGACCACGCCGCAGCACCACAGCAAGAAGCACAACGAACAGCAGCAGCAGGCGGCGCAGGCGCCGGCUCCGGCGACGCUGGUGACUGUGGACGGGGGCGGCGGCGAGCUGGAGAUGGAGACGCUACUCAAGGCGUCGGCCUACAUCCUCGGUGCCACCGGGUCGAGCAUCGUGUACAAGGCCGUGCUCGCCGACGGCACGGCGCUGGCUGUUAGGCGCAUCGGCGAGAGCGGUGGCGCCGAGAAGCUCAAGGACUUCGACGCGCAGGUGCGUGCCGUCGCCCGGUUCCGGCACCCCAACGUCCUCCGGCUCCGGGGGUUCUACUGGGGCGCCGACGAGAAGCUCCUCAUACAUGACUACGCCGCCAACGGCAGCCUCGCCAACAUCGCAUUCACCAGGCGGUUCGGCGCAUCGUCAUCACCGAUGCACUUGAGCCUGGAGGCGCGGCUGCGGAUCGCACGGGGCGUGGCGCGAGGGCUGGCAUAUAUCCACGAGAAGAAGGGCGUGCACGGGAAUGUCAAGCCAAGCAACAUCCUACUUGGCGCUGACAUGGAGCCAUGGAUCGGGGACCUGGGGCUGGACCGUCUAGUGUCCGGCGAGGGCAUGUAUCGGAGCGGCGUGGGAGCAUCAGCGCGACUGUUCGGGAGCAAGCGGUCCAUGCAUUCAACGAGCAGCCUGCCGGACCUGUCCCAGAUGCCUGGGGGUGCCGGGGCGAGCCCGUGCACCUCCUCCUCGUCGACAGCCCCGCCGCCAUACCAGGCACCAGAGUGCCUCAAGAACCUGCGGCCCAAUGCCAAGUGGGACGUCUACUCCUUCGGCAUGGUGCUCCUGGAGCUGCUCUCCGGGAGGGUCUACUCGGAGGUGGAGCUGUGCCAAUGGCACGCCGGCUCUGUCGCCUCCGCCACUGCUGAUGAGCAGCGCGGUCGCGUGCUGCGGAUGGCUGACCCCACGCUCCGUGGCGAGGCAGACGGCAACGAGGACACCCUGCUUGGCUGCUUCAGGCUCGCCUUCGCCUGCUGUGCCAUGGCGCCUGGCAAGAGGCCCUCCAUGAGGGACGCUGCCGUGCUUCUCGACAGGAUGCCGGCAGCCUCCACCUCCACCGCCGAGACUCCUUACUGAUGGCUUGGCAAUAACUUGACAGGGAACCAUGGAUGAUGGUAGGGUAGUAAAAAAGAUUCAGUCUUACUGAUGGCGACCUUACUGUUUGUAGAUUUCGUGUCACUAAUUUUGACGAUCCUGUGAUUAACCCUUUUUUGCAAACUUGCUGUUUACUGCUCU